ACCCUUGUGCGUUACCACAGCCGCUAGUCCCUAUCCUCUCCUCUUACCUUGAUCUCUUCCUCUCCCUCACGGCAGUAUCCUCAUCACAGCCCAAACCGCGGCUCACCACAACCCAAACAGGAAUCGGCAGCCACCCUGCCCUCCUCGGCGAGCAGCCCCAAGCAGCAGCAAGCAGGCUGCGUGCCUUUCUCCUCCCAUCAGCAGCCGGGCUGCUUUGUGCCGCCAGCAGGAGCAGCCGCGUGGUGGUUCCUCCACCAUCCCACACAGCCCUGGUUCACCACCACCACAAUCUUAUCCACCUCUUCACCAUUUUUACUAGCUUUAACUUUGUUUCCAGUUCAUAAGAGGAAAAUAGAACCUUAGUUGAGUGAAUUUUGUAACUUUGGUCGUGCAGUGACGCUUACAGGUACGUACACGAGGUUUCCAGUUCAUAAGAGGAAAAUAGAACCUUGGGUGAAUUUUGUAACUUUGGUCGUGCAGUGACGCUUACAGGUACGUACACGCGGAAGCUCUUCAAGUGUAGUAUAUACCAUUUUCUUCUAUCACAGUUCGUGAUAACGUUGAAUUCAUAAUUUAGAUUUGCAACGUCAUGGCUAAGUCAUUAUCUUAUAUGCUGAUGAGGAACCUUGCAAAUUUUUCGGCUGCUCGUUUGAGCACUCAAGUAUCUGUGUCUUCUUAUCAAAAUGGAAUGAGAUUUUCAACUACUUUAUCAAACGAUCCUGACACACAUGAAGAUUUCAAGCCAACCAGUAAGCUUGAGAAUUCAGGCCUUACUACUAAAGAUGUUGUUGAGCAGGAUGUGAAGGAGAAUCCUGUUAUGAUUUAUAUGAAGGGGGUUCCAGAAAUGCCUAGAUGCGGCUUUAGUUCUCUUGCAGUGAGGGUGCUGAAGGAGUAUGGUGUUCCUUUUAGUUCGAGGAAUAUUUUGGAAGACAUGGAGUUGAAGAAUGCUGUCAAAGCCUACAGCCACUGGCCUACCUUUCCACAAAUAUUUAUCAAAGGAGAGUUCAUCGGAGGAUCAGAUAUCAUUCUCAACAUGCAUCAGACUGGUGAAUUGGAGCAAAAGCUCAAGGAUAUUGUUGCAGGCCAGCAGAAAGCAGAAUGAGCUCAUCAUUGCUCGACUCAUGAUUUAAUAUGACGAAAUUUCAAAAAUAAAAAAUUGUGUCGAGAUUUUCUGAUAUAUUUUGUGGUGAAAGCAGAGUGAAUAUUAUGUGCUUUGUGCCAGCUAGUUAAGCAUGCUCGGCAAAUGAAACGAUCAAUAAUGCAAAGCCAGCUUUCGGUAUUUCAGUUUUGGUACCCGUUGUAUGAAUACCUUGUGUAGUUGUGUUGUUAUCCUCCUGAUGAACCCUGAUUACUGUAAACGUUUUCUACUAGUAGCGAUGUAAUGUGCUUGAUGAAUCA